UUCCCAUUCUGGUAUAGGUGCCAACCAGGGGAAUCUCUGCACCGAUGACGAUGCGAGCAAAAGGUUGGACGAUAUAAGCUUGCAGCCUGCCCAGCUUUGCCCAGUCGCAACCUACAGCUUCUCACGCCUUGGCUGCCUUGAGUAUUGCUUGUUCCGACGAUCCUUGUCGAACUAUCAAUCAUGCAUGUUACCAGGAGCUUGUUGGCGGCGGUCGCCCUGCCCGUCGCCUGGGCCAUAACCCCAGAGGCUAUGCUGUCAGCAAACCGGUAUUCUGAUGCCGUGCCCAAUCCGUCAGGAGAAUUUGCUCUCUUCACAGCCAACAAGUACUCUUUCGAGUCGGGUUCUCGACAGAACUGGUGGAACAUCUUGGACCUCAAGACCGGCGACAUCUCUGUUUGGUUCAACGGAUCCGACAUUUCCGAGGUUGUGUUUGCCGGUCCGACUCCGACCAGCAUCAUCUACCUCAACGGCACCAAUGCUGAAGAGGAUGGAGGUGUCAGCUUGUACGCCGCGGAUCUCCACUCGCCGACAAACGCCACCCUAGUGGCCUCCCUUCCGGCCCCCUACUCCGGACUCAAAGCGGCGCGCACAUCUUCUGGCGACAUCAACUUCCUGCUCACCGCCAAGGCGUACCCUAACGGAACUGUGUACAACGAGCAGCUUGCCACCAAGGCGAGGAGCUCAGCCAACAUUUACACGUCGCUGUAUCCUCGUCACUGGGACUACUGGCUGACCCCCCAGAAAAAUGCCGUUUUCGGAGGUGUCCUCAAGUCUGGUAGCAGCGGCUACUCCCUCUCUGGCAACCUCACCAACUACGUCACUGGAAUAUGCGACGUUAUUUGCGCCGAGAGCCCGUACGACCUCAACGGUGCUAGCGACUACGAGCUUUCCCCCGACGGCAGCAAGGUUGCUUUCAUGACCAAGGAUAUUGGACUUCCCCUCGCCAACACGACGAGCACCCAGAUCUACCUUGUCCCCUUCACCGGUACCGCCAAGGAUGCUGUCCCCAUCAACCCCCGUAGCAGCAGCGCCAAGUACCCCGAGGCCCAGGGCGCUUCGGCGAGCCCCUUUUUCUCUCCCGACAGCAGCAAGAUUGCAUACGUGCAGAUGAAUGGCAUCAACUACGAGUCCGACCGCUCCAUCCUGUACGUCGCCGACGCCAACGGUGACAAGGAGAAGGGCUUCAACAUCACCAGGCUGGCUGGUGACUGGGACCGCGCACCAGGCUCGGCCAAGUGGUCGCACGACGGCGAGACCAUAUAUGCCGACGCCGCGGACCUGGGUCAUUCGAGGGUGUUUGCAGUACCCCUGACAGCUGGCGAUUCGUAUGUGCCCAAGAACAUCACCGACCAGGGUUCCGUUGCUGGAUUCUACCCACUUCCGGAUGGCUCUGUGCUCGUCUCCGACUCCAAGAUAUGGUCGAGCCGGGACAUUCACACAGUGUCGGGCGAGGGCAAGGGGUCUACCAAGGUUUACUUCCAGGCCAACCUCGCCGAUUCGGAGCUUGCUGGCCUCAGCUCGGCCGACGUGUCCGAGUUUUACUACAGCAGCAACACCACCGAGAACAAGCAGCAGGCUUGGGUGAUUCGUCCGGCCGGAUUUGACAGCACAAAGAAGUAUCCCUUGGCUUUCAUCACCCACGGAGGACCGCAAGGAGCGCACAGCAACACGUGGAGCACCCGCUGGAACUUUAAGGUGUGGGCCGACCAGGGCUACGUUGUCGUUGCGCCCAACCCGACCGCAUCGACUGGUUUCGGACAGAACUUGACCGAUGCCGUGUCGGGACGGUGGAGAACUGUGUACUGGGAUAUUGUGCACGCUUGGGAGUAUGUGAGGGAUAACCUUGACUAUGUCGACACCGAGAAUGGAAUCGAGGCCGGAGCGAGCUUUGGUGGUUACAUGACCAACUACAUCCAAGGUCAGCCGUUGGGCCGCGAGUUCAAGGCACUCGUAACCCACGAUGGUGUUACCUCGACUCUCAACCAGUACGCUACAGAUGAGCUUUGGUUCAUGAACCACGACUUCAACGGCCCUUUCAACCAGUCAUCCAACGAACCUGGCUCGCCGUACUACGACUGGAACCCGCUUCGCUACAUUGACAACUGGGCCACGCCGCACUUUGUCAUCCACAACGACCUCGACUACCGUCUUCCCGUGUCCGAGGGCGUCAUGCUGUUCAACCUGCUCCAGGUCAAGGGAGUUCCCAGCAAGUUCCUGAACUUCCCAGACGAGAACCACUGGGUCACCAAGCCUGAGAACAGCCUGGUCUGGCACACGGAGAUCUUUAACUUUAUCAACUACUACAGCGGUGUCGAUAACUCGACUAGUCCGUUUUGAAGCUGAAAACUAGGUUGAGGUUUAGGAAGGAUAUAACGAGAUCCCAGGUCUUGGAUUAAUGUACAUGUGAUAUGACUAGCUACCUGUAAUGCGCCAUACCAGAUAAUAACGACAUAAAUGUCUCGCG